GGCGGGGUCGUCUGCGUUGUCUUCCCAGGUUUGAGGACGUCAAGAUGGAAGAGCGGGGGCGUUGGCGGGAAGCCGACGAGCGUGUCGGCCAAAGACUCGAGAGCUGAUUGGCUACAGUCAUACAGGAAGAGAAGGAGGAAAGGGGAGGAGCUGAAGUCUGUGGCUGAUGGUGCUCAGAGGCGGUUGGAGGUCGUCUUCAGACAUGGCAGAUGUUUGAUGUCAGCAGAGCGCAGAAGAACCCUCGCAGCACCAAGAAAACUGAAGAAGGCCCGAGAUCGCCACCUGAUGAUCCAGGAGCCGUCCUCCCAGGGUGUAGGUGAGUUUCCCAGACUAACAUGGAGGGGGUCUCCUGGUUCCUCCUGCUCCUGUGGAUCACCGUCCUGGUCUCCGUGGCUGUGAUGCUGCUUCAGUGUUUGAACUGUUGGAACCAAGGAGCACAGGCAGCGUCCAUCAGACAGUCUCACCUGUCGGACGAAUACAUACUGUCCAACGAGUUCAGCAUCAUCCAUCCACUGCAUCCGUACAGUCAACAGAACUCCUUCCACUCCGGUCACCACCUGUCUCCACUGAGCUGUCCAUCAGACUCUAUUUUAGUCACCCGACCCUUCGCCUCCUCAGACACUGAAAGUAUUCCGAGUUAUGAAAAUCCCACACAAGAACCUCAGUACCUGAAUUCAGAGCAGAACCCUCCAGACAGUGAUGGGGAAGAGCCUGGAUACAUUAUUGUGAUUCCGAACUGUGAAGCUCCGACGCCAUCCAAUCAGAACCGAGACUCGAUGCCCACCAGUUCAGACGUUCAACAUGAGUACGUGAACCUGGAAGAAGAAAAUAAGGAAGAGGAAGAGGAAGAGGAGGAUGACGAUGAACACAACUACCUGAACGUGGAGCCACAGCACUGCCGCAAACCAGAGACGUCUGAGUCCGAGUCUGAUUCUGAGUCCGGGUCUGAUGACUACGUUAACGAGCGUCCGCUGAGUGACAGUCAGCUCAAGGCCUGACGGUUUUCCACGGUCCUCGUCCUCUGUUCUUCAACAGCAGAGUGGGCGGAGCCACGGAGGGCGGAGCCUGCAGACAAAAACAACUCUAAUAAAAACCACAGUCACUUUGUUCUGACGCUCCUCUUCAGCAGCUCUGCUCCGGUGUGGGUUCCGACCCGUCUGACACUGACAGGCUCCAGGUUCAAACAGGGCUGCCAGCAGGGGGCGCUGUCACGAUGACUGGGCCUGGGUCCAGAGGUCCUGGUGGGGAGACCCCCUGGGGCCCCGACACCAACAGAGAGUUCUGUUUUUUAUGUUUUAUUUUCUGCUGAAUUUGAACAAAAUAAGAAGUCACAUAUUUUUAUUGUUGUUUUUUUUUUAUUUUUAACUCCUCCUGAGAACUCUGUUGUUGUUGUUGUUGUUGAUGAUGAUGAUUUUGUUAAAGGUUGUAUUUAUGGA